AUGACUGCAAAAGGCCCCUACAAUACUCCCAGGACAAGCAUCCUAAUUCUCCUCUCCUGCUCCCUUUUCAUCAACGCGGCAGAAGGAACAACAGCUACCCUCACCGAAUCCACAGCCUACGCGUCGCAACGACCCUGCGCGAAGCGCUGCUUCUAUUGGGGCGCCGCCUCGCAAGGCGGUGCCGAUUUCCUCGCAGACCGGAUCGGCUGCGACGUUGAUCCCAUCGAGAACGAAUGCAUCUGUCGCUCGGAUCUCCAGCAAACCGCCGACUCGUUCCUCCGCAAAUGCGUGAGUGACAAGUGUGGCUCAAAUGCCAUCGAUAUUUCCAGCGCCGUCAGCAUAUACGACGAUUAUUACGACCGGGACGACUUCAUCAGGUACGCCGAUCGCCCCUGCGACCGUAACGGUGACUGUCGUGCAGACGGUGCUGGCGUCUGGGGGACGACGUCUGCGGCCGGCAGUCCUUGGACUACUGUAAGGACGAGGUUGACCGUUGUGGAUGCUUUAGUCUCGACAUCUCAGGCGACUACUGCUUCAUCAACAAGUGAGAAGGCGUCGGAUCGGACGACCGAGUCUACAAGGCAGUCGGUGCCAUCGGCAACCCUGUCGACAACGACAACGUCACCGACUGCUUACUUGGGUACUGGAGAAGGAGACAAGUCUGGUCAAGGUGAUGGAAGCAAACUGAAAGUGGGAGAGAUUGUCGGUAUUGUCGUUGGUAUUCUCGGCUUCAUCGCAACGGCUGUAGGGUCAUGGUUUUCAUACAAGACUCUCAAGCAAAGGAAACGUCUGGCUGCAAAUGCUCCCUGA